UGUUGAUAACAAAAAGUUAUUUCGUAUUUCAUUUGUUUUAUUAUGGAUUUUAACAAAUAUUACAUUCUUAUUAGUUUUUCUUAAAUAAAAACUAGAAAUUUCCAACUUCUGUGCCAUAAUUAUGAAUGAUUUAUCAACUCCAAAACCAUUUGCUUGCAAAGCAAAUGGUUGUGGUUUGAGUUUCACCAAUGAAGACCAUUUACAAGUCCAUGAGAAAAAACAUGAAAUGAUCUUAAAUCUGGGAUUGGAGCAAAAAUCUGGAAAUAUUUUUGUUGCUGAUCAAACACCAACUCCCACACGUUUGAUCAAAAACUGUGAAGAAGUUGGUCUAUUCGAUGACCUUCGACAUGUUAAUCCUUUCGAUGAAACAUUUCGACGAGCUGUCGAACAAAAAACACAACCACUUUCUACGACAGAGGUUCAAAAUGAAAUAAGUUCCUCUUCACACGAUUCAUUGCACACUCCACAAGUGUUUCCAGUGACUGAGAGCACUGAAAGUGGAAUUCCAUGUCAGCGACUGCCAAUAACACCUUCUGUAAAACCACUACCAACUCCCACCAAUCUAACCAAUGUGCAAUCUUUAUCAGAACCUCCGAAGGAGAUUAAAACCUUACCCAUGAUUCUACCCAAACAAGUCAAUAAACCACAAACAACAAUCCAAUUGAUUCAACCCCAAGUUAUAACUUUGAACUUUCCAACUCCAGUAAUUAGCACAGUCCCAGUACAAACAGUCAAACCAUUCAUUCUUCCCAAAUCAAAUACAGAAACAAGUACAGCCAGUACAACUCUAGCUUCAGCUUUACCCAUAAAAGAAAGACUCAAAGCUAUUUUGAAUUCAAAUUCGAAAAGAAGUCUUUCCGAGAAUAAUAAUUCUCGAGUGGUAACACCUCCAAAAAAAACUAAACCUAAACAUACAUUUGAUGAUGAUUGUAUGGUGAGAAGACGAGCUGCUGCCGAAAGAUAUCGCAAUAAAAUCAAAAAGGAACAUGUUGAUUUGAGAAAAAAGAAUUCUGAUUUGGCAACAGAGAAUGCACAAUUGAAGGAAAUAAUCAAACAACUUAGGCUGGACCUUGCUAGGCAUCAAAAUUGUUGUCCAGCUGCAAAAAGUAUGACGAUGAAUGCACAAUCAGAAAUUCAAAUUCCACCAUCGACUGUGCGAUUGGUUAUGAGCAUUCCCAAGUUGGUUAUACAACCAACUGGACAGACUGUGAUGCAAAAUCCAGUUACGUUUGCAGUGGAAAAACUUUAAUGUAUUUGUGUUGAGUACAUUUAUUAUUUAAUUGAUAAAAGAAGAUAAUUUAAUUAAAUGAAAAUUAUUGUCCAGGAAUAUUUUAUCAAACAAAACUUGUCUGUAUAUAAAAUUAGAAUCAAAUAAAAUUUGAAAUU